GUCGACAACUUGGGGGAAUAGAAGGAAGUGGAAAAAGUUCAGCUGGAAACAUCAUUUGGGGAGAAAUGCUUUUGAUGUUGGGAGAAGAACAAGCUGCAGGAGAUGUGCAUGGUAUAACAGUCCUCUUGAAAAGACAUCAGAGCUGGACAAAUUAGAGAUUGAAAAUAGCAUAUGUCCACUGGGUAUUGACUGUUCCCAUUGAAACAAUAUUUAACAAGUCUUCUCAAACCGCUGUGGAAGAACAUAUGAGUCUUCUGAGGAAGAAGGUCUGGAAUCAUACAGUUGUGCUGUUUACCAGAGGAGACUGUCUUGGAGAUACAACCAUUGAGGGACAUAUUGAAAAUGAGGGAAUGCAACUGCAGUGGCUUAUUAAAAAGUGUGGGAGCAGAUAUCAUGUCUUUAACUGUAAGCAGAACACUGACAACACACAAGUCUUGGAACUGCUUGCAAAAAUUGAGGAAAUCAUGAUGGAGAACAAUGGUUGUCAUUAUGUACCAGAAACAGACAGCAAUCCAUCCACAGAGCUUGAGCCAAAGAUGAUAAUUGCCAAAAGAAACAUGAUGAAAGUGAGGAGGCAAAGAGAUAUCCUUCAAGAGCUGCUAAAGGAAAGGAAAUACACUCUCUCAGAUGUGAGGAUUGUGCUUCUCGGAGGAAUUUUGCAAGGACAUUUCUCUGAGAAGACGCCAGAAGAGGAUUUUAAUAUCCGCACAAGAACAAUGCAAUGUGUGAUGAAACAGGGGCAAAUUGAAGGAUAUCAGGUCUCAGUGGUGGACACAACAGGCUGGUCCACAUCAACUCUGGAAAAUGCAAAAGAAAUCGUACACAUUGUGACAGUUUGUUCUCCAGGACCUCAUGCAUUCUUGCUAGUGUUGCCUGUACAUGAAUCGUUUACAAAAAGAUCUGAACAAACAGUGGAGGAGAAACAUACUAUAAUAUUAUUCACUUAUGGACAGUGUUGGGGGUAACGCAUUACAAGUAACGCGAAUUACGUAAUCACUUUUUUCAAGUAAUGAGUAAAGUAACACAUUACUUUUUAAUUUA